CCGCAGCGCUGGUGUGUGGGGUCUCACUCUCACCGAUGCUUCCGAACUCGAGAGCCCGCCACCGGCGCGACCCGAGCAAGCUCCUCUACAAGCCGCGCCCGCCGCCGGAGCCGCACCCGUUCCUGCUCCACCUCAAGUCGCUCCCUUCCCCGGUCGCCGCGGCGGCCGCGCUCCUCUCGGCGCCGCGCCGCCUCCACGACCACCCCUUCGCCUCCUGCGUGCUCUACCGCCUGGCCCGCGCGCGCCUCUUCCCGCUCCUCCUCCCGCUCCUCUCCGCGCUCCGCGCCCGCCGCGCCCCGCUCCGCGCCACCGUCUUCGCGGGGCUCAUCGACCGCCUCGGCGCCGCCUCCCGCCCCGACGCGGCCCUCCUCGUCUUCUUCCGCGCCGUGCCCGCCUUCUGCCCCCACUCCAACGCCACCUUCCACGCGCUGGUCCACUGCCUCGUCUGCAACGGCCGCGUGGACGCCGCCCGGAACAUGCUCCCCCGGGCCGCCAAGCUCGGCGUCCGCCCCAACGCCGUCUCCUACAACAUCAUCCUCAAGGGGCUGUCCGGCCGGGACGGGUCCGCGGGCGCCCGCGUGGUGCUCGACGAAAUGCUCGGCCGCGGCGUCCGGCCCACGGUGGUCACCUUCAACACGCUGGUGGGGGCGGCGUGCCAGGAAGGGGACGUGGGCGCGGCGGAGCGGCUCAAGGAAGAGAUGGUGCGCCGGGGCGUCUCGCCGAACGCCGUGACAUACUCCCUCCUGAUGCGGGGCCUGUGCGACGCCGGUCGGCAGGACGACGCCAAGAAACUGAUGUUCGACAUGGAGUACCAGGGCUGCCAGACCGAGGCGGUGAACUACGGCGUGCUGAUGAGCGCCUACGCGAGGCAGGGCGACGUCGACGCCAUCAGGGAGCUGCUCUCCGACAUGCGCAAGCGCAAGCUCGGGCCCGACGACGCGGGCUACAACGUCCUGAUCAAGUGCCUGUGUGACAGCGGCAGGGCGGAGGAGGCGCACAAGGCGCUCGUCGAGAUGCAGCUCAAAGACGGCACGGCACCAAGCGCGGCGACGUACCGCGUCCUGGCCGACGGGUGCUGCAGAGCCGGCGAUUUCGGGUUGGGGCUACGGGUUUUCAACGCCAUGCUGUCCAGCGGGCAUCGCCCCCUAGGUCACACCUUCAAGCACCUGGCGAAAGGGCUCGGCGAGGAUGGCAAGGCGGAGGAAGCCUGCUUCGUCUUGGAGAAGAUGGCGGAGAGUGGGGUGUGGAUGGAUGCAGAAGGGUGGCGGUCUCUUGCUACAUGCGUCUGCAGCAGCAGUGCAGGUGAGGUGAAGCUCGUCGAUGAGCUAGCGUUGUCAUCUUGACAUUUCCAGUCCAUGCGAGGCUUUGACAGCCUUCAGCUGUGGCAUUUCCAUUUGUCUAUUCUCUUUAUCUUGCUUCAGUUCCAGAAGCAUUUAGUUGUGCAACGCAAAAUGUAUAAUGCUCCUGGGUAUAGUGACAGAUAAAAGAUGCGAGUCUUACUGCUGAAAGUGAUAGCUCACUCAGCUUCUGCACUGAAGUUCGUUAGUUUAUUUGAAGCUUGAAA